AGCUGAAGGGGCCGCUGGGGCUGCGCCGCUGGGAAGGGAGGGUGGGAGCAUUCUGUCCCCCCUCGUCUCGUUUUUUUAAGGUGGGCGAAUCCCGAGUGCGGCUGCGGGCCGGACUGCGCCUGCGCGAAUUCCAGGGCAUCUUCCUGCUAAAUAGUGACCGAGCCUUGCAAAGGUUCUUUGGGGCUCGCAGCAGGCGAGAAAAUGACCUAGAGGCCUUACAAAUACAUUUCUGCAUUCUUCAGACUACAAUCAAGAGAAGUUCAUUCUGAACUAAUGUUAAAAGGAAACUACCUCAACAUACAGAAGGAAAGGCGAAGAAGGCUUGCAAUAAAACACACCCACUUUCUGCAUAAUGUGUACUUGCGAAGUCUCCAGGAAGAAAACUUGUGCUUUUUUUCAGUAUUAAGAUAGAAAAUUCAAACCAGUUUGAUUGAUGGACUCCAUCGAACCAUUAAGCUAUUUGAUCUGCUGAUGUGAAGACUCAGUGGUUCUUCAAAGAAAGACAUACUCUAUAUUAAACUAUCACUGUUGAACAGUGAUUUUGCUCUUCCUCAUCUGAUACUAACUGAAAACGUUUAUUACUAUGAAAUUACUUUUUAAAAGAUUGUUAAAGUUUCUUCAUUGUAAGUUAAUGUUAACAUCAGGUGUCAAAAAUGCAUUGGCAGGAAAACUGGAACAGACAGCUUUUUUUGUCCCCUGCUUUGAAAUUGUAUCCUGAGCACAUAGUAGAAUGCUAAGCAGGAAACGUACAGUAUUUUUAAGCUAUCACAGCUUGCUUUUACAAUUUGGUUUGUAACUGCAGCAGUGCUGCGUUUGAACACUGAAUCGUACAAAGCCAGCAGACCUGCUGCCUUUCUCACUGCUGAUACAAAUUACCUACCUUUUUUUGUUUCUGAAAUGCCUCUUGCGAGAAUUAUGUGCAUACUCUUCUACUACUGCUAUAUACAGGCGUACUUCUAGGGGAGCAAGACUUGAGAGUAGAUUGUUAGCUAAUUGAAGGAACCUUUGGACAAGUACUCCCUUAUGUAUUGCUGCAGUGCACAAGAAAGUAAAAUGGACUAUAAGAGGCGCUUUUUGCUUGGCGGGUCCAAGCAAAAAGUGCAGCAACACCAGCAGUAUCAAAUGCCAGAGCUAGGCAGGACCUUGAGCACACUAGCAUCUCCAGCCACGACAUCCCCUCUGGUCUCCCUGGCUGCUGCUGGCGGCUGCAACCAUGCUACUCCAAUUGCAGACAUCCAGCAGGGAAUCUCCAAGUAUCUGGAUGCACUCAAUGUAUUUUGCCGUGCAAGCGCUUUCCUUACAGACCUUUUCAGCAGUGUGUUUCGGAACUCGCACUAUUCUAAGGCAGCUAUGCAACUGAAAGACGUGCAGGAACAUGUCAUGGAAGCAGCGAGUCGACUCACGGCAGCAAUAAAACCAGAAAUAGCAAAAAUGCUGAUGGAACUGAGUGCUGGAGCAGCAAACUUUAAAGAUCAAAAGGAGUUCAGCCUACAAGACAUUGAGGUCCUUGGGCGAUGUUUCUUGACAGUGAUGCAAGUACACUUUCAGUUUUUAUCCCAAGCUUUGCAGAAGGUCCAACCAGUGGCUCACUCGUGUUUUGCUGAAGUGGUAGCUCAGGAGAGGAAGAAUUCCAGUAUGGCUGAGACGUCCUGUGCAAACCCCACGACUGAGCUAGAAGACGCUGUGCGAUCCUGGAGAGGCGCAGCAGAGGCCACGUCGCGGCUGAGAGAAAGAGGCUGCGAUGGCUUAGCUGGAAUUGAGGUCCAACAGCUCUUCUGUUCCCAAAGUGUGGCAAUUCCUGAGCACCAGCUAAAAGAACUGAACUUGAAAAUAGACAGUGCUUUGCAGGCAUACAAAAUUGCAUUGGAGAGUUUGGGUCACUGUGAAUACGCAAUGAAGGCUGGCUUCCACAUAAACCCAAAGGCUAUUGAAGCAAGUUUGCAGGGCUGUUGCAGUGAUGCUGAAGCCCAACAGGCUGGUCGGAGACAGACUCCUCCUCAGCCAAUCCAGUGUGAGCUCCCAACAGUUCCCAUUCAGAUAGGUGCUCACUUCCUGAAAGGAAUAUCUUUCAAUGAGUCUGCAGCAGACAACUUGAAGUUGAAAACGCACACUAUGAUACAACUGAUCAAAGAAACCGGGUGCCAUAAUGGAGUGACCCCGAGAGAUGACUCUCCUGUGACUGAAAUAUUGAACCAGGUUUGCCCUUCCACAUGGCGAGGAGCUUGUAAAACUGCUGUACAGUUGCUCUUUGGGCAAGCUGGCCUGGUGGUUGUGGACACAGCGCAGAUUGAAAACAAAGAGGCGUAUGCUCCGCAGAUCAGUUUAGAAGGUUCCAGAAUUGUGGUUCAAGUACCAUCAACUUGGUGCCUAAAAGAAGAUCCUGCAACGAUGUCUUUGCUACAGAGAAGCCUGGAUCCUGAAAAGACUUUGGGGCUGGUGGACGUUCUUUAUACCGCGGUGUUCGACCUGAAUCGGUGGAAGGAAGGAAGGGAGCAAGCUUUGCCCUGUAUUCAAAUCCAACUCCAGCGUGAGAUCUGCGACUUUGGGAGCCACAUUGACUUGCCACCUGGAAAUGGAAACAAAUCGACCGGUGGCUUGCAAAAGACUUUCUCCAAGUUGACAUCCCGGCUUACAAAGAAAGCCUCCUGUGCAAAUUCGAGCAACAGUGGGAGUUACUCCAUUCCUAGUACACCUUCCAAAAACCUUUUUAUAGCUAACAACUUGGAGGACAAAUCAAAAACACCCAGCAAUGCAGACACCCGGCUGCAAAGCAUUCUGAACAUCGGGAACUUCCCCAGGGCAGCAGAGUCGACACAGCCAGGGCAGAGCCCGAGCAAGCAGACUGUCAAUGGGUUUCUCCUUGACAGGCGAGAUAAUGGCAAAGCAGACAGUUUCAAGGAUGCCAAAGGCAUGAAUUUACCGACUGACCAAGAAAUGCAGGAGGUGAUAGAUUUCCUCUCUGGCUUCAAUAUGGGUAAAUCUCAGCAGACCUCCCCACUGGUGAAAAGGAGGAACUCCGUUGCAUCCUCUUCGGCUGCAGCAGAGCAGAAGCCCACCGCCGUGCAGCAGCAGCCUCAGUCUUCGUCUCACACGCCCCUGCACCAUCUUCAGCAAGGGCUGUUGCAGCAGCCUCAAAAGCAGCAGCAACAAAUGCAGUUUUAUCAGCACCUGCUUCAACCCAUCGGGCCCCAGCAGCAGCAACAGCAGCAGCAACAGCGUUCACCUGGCAAAUGGCCCACCAAUGCCAGCCAACAGCCAGCCCAGACUGUUGGCCCGGGAUUGUCUCAUGUGCAUCAGUGGGGCAGUCACACCUGUAAUGACCUGAGCUCUGAUUUGUAUAGCUUGGGCCUGGUGAACAGUUAUAUGGACAAUGUGAUGUCUGAGAUGUUGGGACAGAAGCCACAAGGACCUCGAAACAAUACGUGGCCAAAUCGUGACCAAAGUGAUGGAAUCUUUGGGAUGUUGGGAGAGUUUCUACCUUUUGACCCUGCAGUUGGCUCGGAUCCAGAGUUCGCCCGCUAUGUGGCUGGGGUCAGCCAGGCCAUGCAACAAAAAAGGCAAGCACAGCACUUCCGUCGCCCCAGCAACGCACGUAGCAACUGGCCUCAUCCUGAUGAUCCUCACAGAACCUGGCCCUUUCCUGAGUAUUUUACGGAAGGUGAGAUGACCAGCAGCUGGUCGGGCACUCAGGGUGACUCUGCCAGCUCCAGUGAUGAGACCUCCUCUGCCAAUGGAGACAGCCUGUUUUCCAUGUUCUCAGGGCCAGACAUCGUUGCUGCAGUCAAGCAAAGAAGAAAACACAGCAGUGGCGAGCAAGAUCCCAGCACGCUUCCAUUGCCACCACUCCUUUCUACAGUGGAUGAUCAUAAUCAGGACAACAAAACCAAAACCUGGCCUCCUAAAGCCCCUUGGCAGCACUCGCUGCCGAGUCAAAGCAUGUCUUUGUACCAGAUGGGUAACCCUGCCAGCCAGUGGAAUGACACCAUGCAGAUUCUGCAGUCAUCAGUUUGGUCAACAGCCAGCGAUUGCACUCCAUCAACAGGGAUCUCCUCCACUUUUGCCUAUGCGCAGCAGCCGCAGCAACAAUCACAGCAGCAGCAACCGUCUCAGCACAAACCGAUGAAUAAGGGCUUUAAACCUUUCCCAGUCAAGCACGAACGUAGAGCAUCCUAUAUGCAUCAGUACUGACCCCUUCCCCCCCCCCCUUAGCCAGACACAGCAGCGGAGGACCAAAGUCUUCAACAUGACAAAUAUUCAUUUGUUUUACAGUUGUGCGGUGGUGGCUGUCUUCUGGUUGUUCUGUGGAGUGACAGCUUCUAGUGGUGGUCUUUCUCUCAGUGCUGAGCAUAUAGUGCCAAGGUACUAGGUAUAUACACAACAGCUCUAAACUGUGAUGCUUUCAAAGCGUGUGGACUUAACUUUUACCCUGCUAAAAAAAACAAAAGAAACCCUGCUACAUUAUUACCACAGAAAACACUGUAUUUUAUAGCUAUUUUUUCAUAUAGAUCUCUAUAGUUACCAUUUCUUGCUAAAACGAAUUUUGAGUACCUUAAAGCAAAUCUUGCGGUCAGUUUUGCUCAACACUCAUCUUCUUUAGAUUUCUAACUGACAAAAGAUUGAAAGAAAAAGGCUUCAUGCAGGUUACUUAGGCUGCUGAUUUUUUUAAAAAAAUAAAACUGUGUUGGUUAUUCAUGUGCCACACAAGCUCUUUGCAACAGCAGUGGUUCAAAGGCAACCACAGAACUGAUCUUUCCAGUUACUUUAUUCAUGCAAAAAUAACAAAACAGCUGGAACUGUUCCAGUUAGGUUGCAUGUGACCUGGCCAAUCAGUGGGCCCAGUUCACCUAGAUAGAACUUAUGCUCAAUCCCCUCACAGUUCUUCUUGGUGGGUUGCAUUCACCUGUGGGUUCUCACUACGUCUGAAGUACACAAUUUGAUAUUUUUACAUUUGGCCAAAGGCAUUAUCCAUACAGUGCUCCUUAAAUGUAUGAAAGAAUAGUUAAGACUACUUGCAAAUAUUUAAAGUCUUAUUUCAAUGCUAGACUUAGUGUGUAAACAUGAGCUGGCUCAGAAGAGAGAGAACUUUAAAACACUAUUUUUUGUAGUGCUGAGAAUUAAAGUUAACUACUUUCAGUCAAUAUGUGCCAUUAAAUAAGUGAACCUGUGGAAUUAGGAACUAUCUUCCAACCAAAGUGGAUCUGGAGGAGUGACUGGUGCUUAAAUUGAAAAAAAAAAGGUAAAUAUGUAUAGUUAUCCCAUUGUAUAUUGAUUGGGGCAAGAGAAGUCUUUAUAAAAAAACCUAUUUAAAUUUUCAUACUUCAUCUUUGGAAGAGUAAUUAUAAACCACAAUAUUUUCUGGUAUAAAGGUUUUUGACAGUAUUAAUAUUAUUUUUAUAUUUUCUUAAGUCAUAUCAUUCUAAUACAUUGACAAGUAAAAUGGGUUAUUAGUUAUAAAUGCAUAUAGUUUUUUGAUGAAGAUAAAAGCACAUUUAAGUUCCCAUUUUCUACAAACUAAGUACAUGUGUAUAUUAAAGAUACCAAAUUAUAUAUAAAUGAAAAAGAUACACAACACUAACCGUUUGGGUAGGGAGGGUCAAAGCCCCUCCCCCUUCUGCUUGUGUAGCAGCGGGUCAUCUUGGCAGGCCUCGAAUGUUACUAUUUGUGCUGGUUGAAGAUGCCAACGUUGCCUGUAUUUAUGAUAUUGUCACCAUGUUCCCUGUAAACCCACCCUUACCAUGUUUACAGAGUUGUUUGCUGUGCAUAACUUUACAGUCAUGUGUUUGCACAGUCCAUGUGGCUUCUGUCUGUAAAUUGUUAAUGUUCUGUACCUUCUGCUAAAACAUUGGUGAAUUUAACAAGUGGUUAUGAGUUUUCUCAAGUAUGCCAUUGAAAACUUAUAUUGGACCCUAAAGGCUACUGCAGUUGUUUACCACAAAUCAAAGUACAAAUAUUUGUUGUUGUUUUUUUUGCGGUUCCCUAAAAAAAGCAUCUAGACUGUUUUUGCAAUUUAGUGGUAAAUGCAAGCACUGGCAGGUUUUUUUUUUUCAAAAUUGGAGUGAAAAGUGGAAAUACUGGUUAAUCUGUUUGUCUCGUAGGUGCUACAUCAUCCUCUGCUUCCAACCUUGCCGAAUACUGGUAUUUUCCACACUUGUGUCCAUUUGGCACCCAAUCUUGCCAUACGUUUCACACUGCCAGGUGCAAAGGGGUUUGGUGCUCAGUUAACUUACCCGUAUUGCAACACUUCUGUGAAUAGCUCAUGCUUUGGAACUGUAUAUUUUGUAUUUUAAUUUUAAAGCGCCUGUAAUUAAACACACAAAAUUAUUUGCUUUAAUAAAGAUAUACCUUUAA